GGAGGGGCGGAAAUCGAGAGCGUGUGUGCUUCGUGACUCACGAGUGCUGUGAGAAAAAGUAGAUCUACUUACUGUAUUUCACGGACGCAGUUUUUCAGACGUGUUUGACAGCCGCUCUCACGGAUAACAUUUCAGACUGAAGUUAGCAGCGUGCGUUAGUUUUCUCCACCUUCACAUUUAGCCUCAGAGGAAAAGUUUUAUUAGCCCGGGACGUUUUGGUGACUCCGCUCCGCUCAGCUGCGCCCAGGAAACGAGGGAGUUAACCAGCACCAACCAUGAACAUAUCAGACAUCAUGUCUUUGACAACACUGUCUGCAAACUCCACUGUGACAGAAGUUACAGAUACGGGGCUUUUAACAUCACGACCCAGUCCAGCAAGCACAACCAUGAUUCCAGCCACAACAGCAGCCCCGCCCAGUCCUGACUCUGCUGUUAUUGCAGUGGUUAUCGUCCUUAUUCUGCUGACAUUAGCUGCUCUGGCCUUCCUGCUCUACCGGUAUCUCUGCCACAACAAGGGAGACUACAGGACGACAGGGGAGCUGGCUCCAGGAGAGGACCCUGAUGAGGAGUACCACAACCAAUCUGCCAGUGAAAAGAAGGAAUAUUUCAUAUAAACCUGGAGAAGACUCACAGAAGCAAAAAAAAAAAACCUCCAUGAAGGGCUGAGAGUGUGUUUUUAUCUUAUUUUCUGUAAGUGUGUUUUGAGGGAAGGCCGAUACUCGCUGCACAGAGAAAAUCCUUAUUGAAGUUUUUUGUUCCAAGGCGCACAAGAAGCAAUACCAAAGAUUGUUGUAGGAAGGGGGAGUCUGUGAUGGACGAGGAGCAGGUGGCAGAAGAGCAGGUGUGUUGAGAUUAGCAGAGCGAGGCGAGAAACAGGUGGUGGAGUUUUUGAAAUGUCACUGUGACACGAUCAGUAACAAUCAUGUAAGAUUAGCUUGUCUGCUACAUUAUUUAUCAGCCAUGUGUCAUUUUUUUUAACCCUUAUUUGUUGUUUUCAUUCAGAUUUACUGUAUUUUGCUCCAAACACAGCCACUAAAAGCCGUGUCAACGGGGCAAUAGUCACUUUUUUAUUAUUGUGCUUUUAAAUGAGGUUUUCUAUGCAGUUCUUUUAUAAGCUUGUCAAAAAAUGUCAUCCUUUUUAAAUGGAGGAUAGCUGGACUUUAUUUGUUGUGUUAGGUUUGUUGUUCCUGGUUUUGUUUUGUAUUAUUCUUGCCAGACACUGUUACUGAUGACUUCCCUGUUUGAGAUAAAUAAGGAAGACAAUAAAACUUGUUUUUGGA